AGAACUACGUAUCUCUCUACCUGAUACACUUCGCUUGAGUUGUUUAGUCAGGGGGAUUUUGCCAGUGAGAGCAGAAUAUAUUAAAUUAUGACAUAAUAGCUGUGAUCGAGCUGACUUCUUCAAUGGCACAUCUGGAAAAUCAGCCACGUAUAAAGACCUAUAUUUUUGCAGAACGCGUACCAAUGGAACAACUAAACUGACAACUUAUUAAUAAUUAUGUUCAAAGUCCAGAUCAGGACUUCUCAUAAAGGAAGGCUUCUAAUCAACGAAAACCUGAUAACGGUGAAAAAAAUUCUAUAAGGAACUAAAUAUAACUGGUACGUACUCAUCGAAUCUUCCAUGGUUCUCAUUAUUGGCCAAAGAAACAACCGGAAUUUUGAGUGCAGAGAAGAAUUGUGAGAAGUUUAUUUUCUUCAGGAAAAUAGAUGGACUGUACUGCUUGCAACCAGCAACAAGAUUCCAAAUGUGAAGCAGAAGUUGGUAGUUACUUUAGGAACAGAUAACUUCAAGCUUAUUUGAUAUCAUAAUUGUCCCAACUUAUGAGUGACAUGAAUGAAAAUGAUUUGGAAGAAACCAAGGAGCAGCUAAAGGUCUUCCUUUGGUGUAGCCCGAGAACUGUGUCAACUGCAUUCACGAAAUGUAUCAGUUUCAUCAAAGGAGUGGAGGUAUGGUCCGAACCAUUUGUCUACUGUUUCUUGUCGACAAAGGAGGCUAAGUAUCAUCUUGGCGUCGACCUCCCGAUGGAGCUCGAGGGCAAUGAGGAGGUCUUUGAGAAGACAACGGAGUUGAUGAGGAAGAUGACUGCCAGUAACGUUGUCACUGAAAGAAUCGUAUACGCAAAAGUAAAGCCGAGAUUAGAAGGAGCAAAAGGUCGCUAUGUGUUCGUCAAAGACAUGUGUUUAGCUAUGAACGAGAAGGUACACCAAUACCUUCCCAGGGGAUUCCGUCACACCUUUCUCAUCAGAACACCCGAAAAGGCUCUCCAGUCCUUCCGGAAUUCCUACUUCCACCACUUCAAAGCUCAGGGCCUUCUCCACGGCGAGGCAGCCGACGAGAACACCUUCGAUCUCCUGCGCGAUUGUCCGCACAUGGAAGACAGCUAUAACAUCACCGACGUCUACGACUUCUGGAAGUACGUACGCGAGGAGAUCGAGCCGAACCCCAUCGUCAUCGAUGCCGACGAUCUCUUGACGCAUCCUAAAGAAAUCAUGAUGAAGUACUGCGAGUUGGUCGGCCUCCCGUUUGACGAGUCGCUCCUGCACUGGGACUCGUCUCUCGCCACCUUUAAGUCGUGGAAGCAAUGCGGUGACGACCAGUUGCUUAACAUGGUCGAUUUCUAUGGAAGGGCUAUGAACAGCUCGUGCUUCAUGCCACCAAACAAGCCUAUGCCACGUGAUAAAAUGACCCCUGACGUCAUAAAAGGAAUAGAUAAGACGAUGGCUUCUUUUCUUGAGAUGUACGAGCAUCGAAUCAAGGUUUAAAUAAGAACACUUUCAAAGAUGAAUUUGAAAAUUUGCGUAAUUUUUGGUUACACUCUGGCAAGAAUGAAAUAUAGUAAAUGACCAUUCAAGAGGGCCAAGGAAGGACUCAAUAUUCAAAGUUAUUUCCUGGCCUAACCAGAUAACUGAAUUAAGCAAGAAAUAUAUUCUAUUCCUGAACUAUUUUCAGAAAUAUUAUCGGCUCUUUUAAAUGGCGAUUUAACAUUUAAAAUGUUCAAGGCUCAUUCAAAUGUUGAUAUAAAAUAUAUUUUGAAUGAAAAUUAUUUUUAUAUGAAAUCACUUAUCUUAUUUCAUAAAAAAUUAUCUAUAUUGAUUUAGAAUCAUUUUAUUGUAAGAAAACAUAAUGCCCUUUUUAUAUGAAAUGGGAUAGUACCAUUUAAUUAACAACUUAAUUACGCGAAACAAUAUCAAGCCACUAUAGUUCCCAUAUAUCUCGAUUGGAUUCGAGGAAAGUGAUAAUUUCAAUGUCGUAAAUUCACAACAGCCUAUACACAUUUAGUCAUUGUAUACAGACACAACUUCCGUAAAUCUAAAGUGUAAUGUAUGAUUAAAUUUAAUGUACUCAUAGACAAACUAAAUAAAGCGCAUACAUGUAAAUGACAAUGAAUGAAAUAGAAAUAUAUUUUAACAACUCUAACAUAUUCAAUCACAAUGUUAUUCAAAUAAUGCCUGAUAUUAUGUUCCAUCUUUAUUUGUUAGUAUCUUGAAUUGCGAAUGUGAACGAAAUGAAGGGUUUUGCUGUCAACGACGGAAUACAUAUGCAUAUGGUCAUGAUCCCGUAUUUCAAAAAUCUCGGACAAACAAAAUUCCACAAUUCUGAUUAUAAUCGCAUGAUAUUAUAUGUGCGUAAUGUGCGUUGGUUUACCAAUGUUGUGGGUGUGGGUUUGACGUGCGAGCGUGCCUGUCAAUGUACGUGUUCACCAUUCUUCAAUGUCCAAAACGUUGACUUAAUCAAUUUCCCCCCUCCAUAUUCGUUUGCUUCUCCCACGACAGCUUAGUAUGUGGUGAGUGGG